CUGAGUCAGUCGGUCAAAUAGGACGCGCGUAGUCAUCACGCGUCGCGGCCGUCGCGGCGCAUUUCCACUCGCAUCUUCGUGGAGUGCCGAAAGUGUAAUGAAGUAUCGGACGUUCGUGACAAUUGCGAACCAAGACGAAUCGUGCGAAUCGUGAUGUACCAGUGCCAGUGUGGCGAACGAGCGCCCGUAUUCAGUCGCAAUGCAACUUAAUCUUUGUCCGGAGUUUCGAAGCGUUGGUCCUUCGUCGCGAUGUCUCGCGUGGUAUAAAAUAUAUCCUCUGUACUGGGAUUAAAACGAGGGGAGAAUCGCAGUAAUAAAUUAAAGUUUCGUCGAUAUUAACGAAUCUGAGAGUUUUUGGAAUACUUUGGAUUAACGCCGAGGGGCGGAGUAAUACGUGAGUCGAAUCAUGUGCUGUGUAUGUAACUGAACACGCGGAUCGUGUCGAAUUAUACCAACGAAAAAGGGGACAAUAACGUAUCGAAACGUUUAAUUGCUGAAGCUGUAUCAAGUUGUUGCAAACAGCCUCGAAUAUAUUAUUUCUGGACGAUUCGCUCGAUUCGAUCAGCUGCCGACUUGACUUGCGUUGUAUCCGCACACGGCGUCGGUGUGAAGUUGCCGAUGUUUGAAUCUCGUAAUCUCAUCGAAGGAGCGCCAUAACGCGUCGGUCGUUUUGUUUCGGUAGUGUUCAAUCGCGAGUGUCGUAUUAUGACAAUGAGUUCGAUCGUGUUUUCGCAAGUGCCAUGCUUCGUGCAUGCGACGAGGGAAGCGCGAGACGACGACGAAGCCUUAGACGCACCAGAUUCAUUGGCAGGGCAGCUUCAAUUGAGGUUAUCUUGAAGGCAUCGGUGAGUUUAAGUGUGCAGCGAGAGGACACAGUUUGCGCGAUUCAAUCGGCUGCCGUAACGCAUUGGUCGUUUUAUUUCAGGAGUGUUCAAUAGCGAUUGUCGUAACAAUGAGUUUGAUCCUCGAUUUGAUCGCAUUUUCGCGAGUAUUGUUUCGCGAAUGUGCGACGAGAGGUAAGACGACGAAACCUGGGAGACGUUGGAGCGUCUUCGGAGCAUCAGUGAAUUUGAAUGUGCAGUGAGUGAACUCGAAACGACGACGACCUGCAUUUUCGCGAAUACCGUGUUACGUCAAUGGAACUGACAAUCCGAACAGUCUGAGCGCAGGAAAAAAGGCUUAGGAGAAGCAUCGGGCGCCGGCGGAGCAACUUUGCGAAUCAACGUAGCUACGUAGCAGAUAUAACUCCGCUGUUGCGCAUCGAAUCUUAUGUCAAGGUGCAAAACUGUAAGAAGGCACUUAUCAUUUCUACAUCUACCAAUCCAGCUUUUUAUCAACGUACAGUCAAGAUGAUAUUAGAGAAAAAUGCAUUGGAACACAUUACAAUUAUUACCGCUGCACAUUCAAGUGUAUUAAAUUAUGAGAAUACUGUGCCACCAGAAGAUAGAAUGGAUUAUGCCAAAUUAAAGAGAGAUGUAAAAAGUUGGAUGGAUUCUAAUCAUCAGUUGCAAGACUGUUCAGUGACAAUAUUAUUUCGACCAAUUUUCAUUAGCCUAAUUGACGAUGGUCUGUUUGUAACACCACCAUUUAAUGAUCUAUUACCGCCUUUAAAUAGUGCAUUGUUAAAGAAUUCCGAACAUGCGGUUGAUCACUUUGUGAGUUUGUUUAACAGUUUAUUGACAUAUUUGAAUUUGAAAGAAGAUAUUUACUCAAUGGGAAAAUUUAGCGAAUAUGUUGCGGAGAAAUUAGAAACAUUACCAAUGGCUAUCGAUCGUAGAAACAAUUUAGCUGGUGCAAGGGGAAAGGGAGUAGCUUUGAUCUUUGUUGAUAGAACAUUAGAUCUUUGUACUUCCACUAGUAAUAAUACUGAAUCGCUGCUCGCGAGGAUAUUGUGUACUCUACCUCAUUUACAUCAUCACUGCAACGACGUUGCAAUAAACAUGUCUCCUUUGUUUUGUGGUCCACAGAAAUUUGUCGAUGUACCAGGAUGUUUGGCCAGCAACGACAAAACUUUUAUGAACAUACUAAUCACGAAAAAACAAAAAGAUGUAUUGGUUACUACGAAUAAAAUACUCGUUGAUAUACUUUCAUCAAAAGAAAGUUUAAAACUAAGAGAAAGUCUGAAAACAAAACUAACAACGAGGAUUUCUGCGCAUAGUUUAGAGAAGCUUGUAAACAAAUUCAAAGAUAUAGAUGAUCUUCACUCUAUAUCAGAAUCAAGCAAAAAACUCCAAAUGGUACUAGGAGUUAUACAGGCUCUAACGUCAGAAAAAACUUCCCAAUUAGAACUGUUAAUUAGUCUUGAAAAACUAGUUUUACAAAAUAUAGCUGUAAGUCGUGAUUCUACGAGUGUGCUUGGGCAGUUAAGCAAUAUAAUAAAAACUCGCGAAAAACGAGGCCUAGAUACAGAUAAUAUAUUAACACUUUUAGUGCAUAUUUAUGCACUUACUGGAACUGAGAUACAAUUCUCAAUUCAACAAGAGCAGCAGCUGGAAAAAGCUAUUACUGAUGCUGUAUUUGAGGACAUUACGAAAUUAAAGGAAAAUACAAUAAACAGCGAGAUGUCAGUGUAUCAACAAACUUUACUGCUUUUUGGUACUACAGAUGUUGAUACUAUAAAGGAAACGUCUGCAAAAGUAGCAAAACAUAUUAUGAAUAUCUUGCAUGAAAUAAUGCAGCAACGCGCUUUUCUACAUAAUUAUACUUCCUUGAUGUCCAAAGCAAGUUCUCAAGAGAUUGUUCAACGUGUCGGCAUCUUGCAACAAUUAUUAACAGAUAUACUUCAUCCAGAUAGACGUGAACUUCCUGAUUUACACCAGAGAUCACAGUCGUUUAUUUCUGCUGGAUUCAACUUACUCUCUAAAGGAAGAAUGAAACAUCAUCCAUGUGACAACAAUUGGAUUAUCGUUUAUGUCAUUGGAGGUAUAACACCAGAAGAAAUAAGAGAGUGCAAAGAAAUUAUAUCAUCAUUUAAUUCAAAUUGCCAAAUAACAAUAGCAGGUUCAAGACUGUUAAAUCCAUUAGACAUAGUUGAUAAGGUUCUUUUUUCAUCAAUUGAUUAUUGA